UCUUCAAUACUGUGACUUCAUCUCUCUCCUUCAAUCCUAUAGUCACAAAAAUGAAGCUUAGUCAUCCUUCAACUACUGUGAUCACCUCCUUCAUCUUCACCUUCCUUACCCUACCCUCCUCUAUCACAUCCCAAAUCUGCCAAAGAUCCUGCGACAAAAUCCCUCUCAGAUUCCCGUUCGGCAGUGACGCCGGCUGCGGCGACCCGCGCUUCCACCAAUCCGUGACAUGCAACCAAGACAAGCUCACCUUCACCACCCACACCGGAUCCUACCCCAUCACCAACAUAGACUACACAAAACAAGUCCUCUACAUCUCCGACCCUUCCAUGUCCACCUGCUCUUGCACUCAACCCAGCAAAGGCUUCGGCCUCAACUACGACGCGCCGUUCACCUUCCAAGACGACAGCAUCUUCGCCUUGCUCGACUGCUCCACGUCGUCAUCAUCCAACGGCAGCCUAUACAGCAACGACAACUCCAAGCUCUCUCUUUGUGACAACCAAGGUUCACCCAUCUGCAGCUUCUUGUAUUCAUGCAGGGCAAUAAGUUACAUCAAUCUCCCAAUCUCCACGUGUUGCGUUUACACGCCGGUGGAUCUCGGGCCGGCUUUCGAGAUGGACUUGCAGAAGCUACAAUGCAGCUCUUACUCUGGUUUUUACAGCUUCAAUGGCCGUGAAUCCGACCCUAAUAGUUGGAAGUAUGGGAUAGCGCUCAAGUAUAAGUUCAACGUGAACAAUGAGUAUCCGAGUUCGUGUUCUAGUUGUGAGAGGAGUAAUGGGGUUUGUGGGUACUAUGGAGUUUAUAACUCGUUCAUCUGUAACUGUCCGAAUGGUUUGAACACUACAAACGAUUGCUACUUUGGAUCGUCCUAUAGUUAUGGCUCGAGGCUUAUUCCAUCUUGGCACUCUGCAGGGAUCUGGCUCUAUUGUUUGGCAUGGCUAUUGGUUUCAGUACUCUUGUAG